AUGCGACUGCUCAAAGCUAUUCUGGCUUGUGCGGCCGUUAUAGAACCCGCAGCCACUGAAGCGCCUCCCAGCGCCACCGACACGGCUAAUCAGAUCAGCUACCAGGGUAUUCACGUUAGUGGCGUCGAGGCCUUUUUGGGCGUGCCGUAUGGCCAGGAUACGGGCGGCGCCCAUCGCUUCAAGCCACCGCGGAUGACGGCCCCGAGAUGCGGCAGCAAAAUCAUGGCGACGAAAUACGGCCCGGCCUGUCCACAGGCGAAGACUCCUGAAGCUGGUCCUCUGCCGUUUUCCCUGACGCCUGUGACGAACAUCUCGGAAGAUUGUCUUAGUCUGAAUGUGGUGCGGCCCAAGGGAACAACAGCGUCGCAUAAGUUACCCGUCAUGUUCUUUAUUCAUGGCGGCAGCUACCAAUAUGGUCAGGCCGCCGAAGUAACAAUUCGACCGCACGGGCUUGUUUCUCAAUCCGUGGCCAAUGGCAUGCCGGUGCUACAUGUCGGUAUCAAUUACCGCCUUGGAGUCUUUGGGUUUGCCAAGUCGGAAGCCCUGCGCGGUCAAAAGUCGGAAAAUGCUGCUCUUCGCGACCAAAUGCUCGCCAUGGAGUGGGUGCAGAAGAACAUUGCCUACUUUGGUGGCGAUCCCGAGAAUGUAACCAUCUUUGGUCAAUCAUCUGGUGGUGUGUCUUGCGGUAUGCACCUUCUUGCAUUUGGCGGCGCCAACAAGCCGCUCUUCCACAAGGCCAUCUGCGAAAGUCAAGUCCUGGAGGGUGGAAUCACGCGUAACCUUACGGAGACAGCCAUGAUGAAUGUCCUCAACGAAGUUGGAUGCAAUAAGUCUGAUUCUCAGUCGCAGCAAACAAUCGAUUGUCUUCGUAGCGUUGAUAUGCAGACUCUUACUGAUGCAUUUGUCAAGACCAAUCCCGAAGAUCUUGCCCACAAUUUUGGUGAUCUGUGGCUACCGACAGUAGAUGGAGACAUUUUGCCUGACGCGCCGUCAAAGCUUGUUGCACAGCACCGUUUCCGCAAAGGCGUCGAUGUCAUGAUGGGCUGGACCGACAAUGAAUUCGGAUUCGUCAUCGACUCAGAUAUGAAGACGGAUGCAGAUACCCGCGGUACCAUUGCGGCCGUCUAUGCUGACCUCACAUCCGCCAAUCUGGACAAGCUGCUUGCUCUGUACCCGGUGUCUGAUUUCCACGAUGACCCUGCAAACAACUUGACUGCCCAGGCAUUCCGUACUGGACGUAUAAUUCGCGACGUCUUUUUUGUCUGCCAACCAUUGCUGUUUGGCAAGGAGCUGGCCAACGUCGGAUCCAGCGUCCACUUGUACCACUGGAACCAGACGCUCUUGUCGGGCUUGUUGAAGGAGGGGUGGAACAUUACUGGUAGAGGCGUGAUUCACGAGUCUGAGUUUGCGUACAUCUUUGGCAACUUUUCCAACUAUGAUUACAAGGGAACGUCGCUGCCUGCUACGGCUUCCGAUGACAGGCUGAGGAUCCAAGCUUCGCGUACCUGGUCGACAUUUGCCAAUACAGGACAGCCGGGACUGAAGGGGCUUGAUACCUUCCAGGGCUUUCAAACGGCGUUUAACUGUAGGGAUAUCUCGUUGUUUGUUGCUGGAGGUCCUCACCAAGGAUUUACGCCAAUUGAUGGGCCCAAGGCACUGCCGCAGAUCAAGGAGCAGAGGUUGCGAGAGCGCUGUGCAUUCAUCAAUUCACCAGAGAUGAUUACGCAGCUUGGUUAUUAAUGAGAAUUCAACUUGUAAAUAUUAUGCUUUUAAGAGCCAGAUGUAACAUCUUGAGAAUAUCUUUUUAUUUUGAUUUAUAGAGUGUCUAAUUGGGUAUGACAUACGCUAAUGACUUAAGUUAUUUCUCCUCUUUAUUUUCGUCGUCUUCAUUUCCUUCUUCUUCGUCUUCAUUUUCGUCUAGCUCAAUUCUAUACCUCUCCCAGUUUAGCUUCUCGCCAACAUUCAGUGUUCUAUAAUCUUUUGCUUCUGCUGCAACCAUGGCAUCAUAUGCCUCCAGCGCAAUCUGACGCGUAUCCCGCUUGAAUUCU